GUUCUUCAUUCCGGAAGUAGCGCGAUUGACAGGCCCGCUUGAUGUUUACUUCCUUUAGCGUCUCUCUUUCCUUCAGAACUUUCUAGAGCUUCAGAGGGAAAGUACGGAGAGUGGAUCCAUGGCAUCCAGCGGGCGUUUCUCUGACAGUUUCAUACACGAGGAUCCGCAGACAGCCCUUGAGGAGCUAAAUGCGGCAUUGGGAGAGAAAGCUGAUAAUGCCGAAUGGCUUUGUCAGCGAGCUUAUGCCUGUAUACUAUUGAAAGAGUACACAAAAGCAAUUGAAGACGCUAAGAAAGCCCGCGAAUUGCAACCAGAUCUGGCACUUGCCUUCUUGAGAAUAGGAAUUGCAGAGUAUCACCUUCAUAACUUCAAUGCUGCUCAUCAGGCCCUCACAGCUGGAAAAGAACUUGAUUGCUCUAUUGAAGGAUUUCAAACAUGGAUUCAGGACUGUGAGAAUAAAAUUGCAACUCACAUUCCAAACCAAACCUCAGAUUUGAAGCAAACUACAACCUUGUUUGUCAAACAUGACUGGUACCAGACAGAGUCUCAAGUUGUAGUGACCAUCAUGGUAAAAAAUGCAAAGGAGGAGGAUGUAACUGUCAUCUUUGGUGAGAGAGAGCUGACAGCUGCGGUAAAGCUUCCAUCAGGAGAAGAUUACUGCCUAAAUGUCCAUCUUCUGCAUCCUGUUGUCCCUCAACAGAGCACAUACAGGAUUCUUUCAACCAAGAUAGAGAUUAAGAUGAAGAAGACUGCAGCUAUACAGUGGGAGAAACUGCAGGGAGAAGGCACACUUUCUACUGUGAAGCACUUUACUCCCGACCAGUACCCAUCAUCCUCCCACUACACACGCAACUGGGACAAGGUAGUAGGUGAAAUAAAAGAGGAGGAAAAGAACGAGAAGUUGGAGGGAGAUGCUGCUCUCAACAAACUGUUCCAGCAAAUCUACUCAGAUGGCUCAGACGAAGUCAAGCGGGCAAUGAACAAGUCCUUCAUGGAAUCAGGAGGCACAGUCCUCAGCACCAAUUGGAUGGAUGUUGGUAAACGGAAAGUAGAGAUGAACCCACCUGACGAUGUAGAGUGGAAAAAGUAUUAAAAGCAGUAGAUGACAUCUUGCGCCAAUUCCUCUAUGUCUUUAUGGUCUCCUUCAUUUGGUCUUUUCUGCCUUCACACUUUCUCUUUUGUCAGUCCCAUAAUAGUCCUGGGUGAAAAUGGAGUUUAAAAUGGGACCUCUUUAAAAUUAUCUUCUCUGCCUAAAAUUUGUUUUACUCUGGAAGCAAACUGGCUCAUACAUUUUUAAAGCGUCACGCAUAUUUAAAACAUUACACAUUAAAACAACCAAGCGUUGAGUAUCUUUAGUAAAAACCUCUUUGGCCACACUGACUGUGUUAGGUAUCCACCUGUGAAACAUCUGUGCUUCAAUUAAUGGUGACCACGGUUUUAAUGUACUUUAUGCUUUCCUAAAUAUGAUUUCAGUAUGCUGUAAAUAAAUUUUUCUUGUUCUUUG